AUGAAUAAGCGAAAGAAACACACAGAUUGUACCAAGGCGGCCCGGCGUUGGGCCUUGGAGCGUUCUGUACUAUGUAUGGCUAUUUUGGUCACAAUAUUUCUUCUGGUAUCGAAUUCGUAUAUCUUUUGGGGUGGCGAUAAUAACAGCAUGGAGAGCAGCAUUAGCAUAACUUCCAAGAACUGUAGUUCUGAGACCAUUAAUAUCACUUCUACGGAUAACGUCACCGAGGAGCCAAUAGAAGAGGAUGUGGUUCAAAUUGUGCUACGUGUGCGGUCUCCAGUGUUUGAACCGAGAUAUAUAGGGAAACAUCUUAUUCUUGAGUACGAGCAAGAACAGCGAGAAAAACAACAACAACGACAACAACAACAACAGGAAUUAAAUAACGACAGCCCUGUAACACAAGAAGAUAUUGAACGAGCAGAGGAAAAUGUAGUAUCAAUGCUUCCUGAAGAGGGUAUCACAGAUCGUGAUUGGUUUCCAAUGCGAAAUAUUAGUGGAGAAUAUUUACAACAGGUAAGUGAUGUUCUCACUUCUCAAUUUGGAAACUUUAUUGCUGACUUAACAUAUGAUGUUGCACCUUUGUUUGUAGAUUACGGUUGUCGUAUUGGUGUUUCACUAGCACGACGGCAUCUGCGUAGCACUGUACUCUGUGUCUAUGAGCCUAGUGAUGUGUCACGAGAGUUUCCGGUAUCUUUAGUUUCGCCACCGAGAAAUCUCAUUCGAAUCAUCGCACGUGGUGGUUUUUUAGGUGAUUUUUUGCCGUUUUUUUCUUCUUGUAAUUUUGUGAGUGUUUCAACCGUAUUUCUGCCACUUGUGUCGACGAUGAAUUCAACAAAGAGUGAAGAUGAGCUUGUUCGUCUUGUAGCCCAUGCCGUCCACAAUAGUGGUGCUGUACUGGCAGUACUUCCUGUGAAAGACUGCAAUGUACUGCAGGAGUUAUUACAAAAAAUGAGUCCUUCUGAAGAAAUAGGUGAUGAAUUGCUGCGUCAUAGUUUGCAGCUUGGUAGUAAUGUCAAGUGUGAUGUUGUGGCUGACUUUGAGGAGCAUCAUCGUUCGAACAAGGAAGGGAGUAAUAAUANUGAUAAUAAUAAUAAUAAUAAUAAUAAUAAUAAUAAUAAUAAUAAUAAUAAUAAUAAUAAUAAUAAUAAUAAUAAUAAUAGUAAUAAUAAUGGUAGUACUCAUACUACGAAUAUCAUGGGUGGUAUUGAAAAGAAUAAUAGGGCAAACAGUAGUUCAUAUCCCAAUAAUAAUAACAAUAUCACGGUUGAACAUAACAAUAGUAAUCACAUACACACUCCACCGUUAUCACGUCUAUUUCGCCUAAAGGUGACGGGAAGUGCGCGUUUGUGCCGCAAGACGUGGGGAGCCCCAUUCGUGCAGUGGGACCGUGCUGUCUUAUGUGCAUACAAUCGCACCCGCGUACACUUCACAGUACUGGAUCUUUCCCCGCCUAUACACAACGAUACGAAUAGACAAGAAGUGCAAAAGAAACGACGCAGCUAUCGCCGGCGUAUUCAUCCGCUGCAGUAUGUUCCUUCGGUUUCGGUGGAGUCACUUCUCGCCGCUGGUCUCUCCCCGUACGACCGCCAAUUGCUCUUCGCCGCGAUGCUCACAACCCCACGAUAUCCAGACCCACUCCCACAUAAUUGGAUGGUGGGAAACCCAACGGCAUUGGGAACAGGCGGACGUGUGUUUCGCAUAGAUCGAUACGAUGAACGCUUCUCUGCAGCCGUGUCGGAGGAGCAGAAUUAUUGGGCCACAAGUGCACGCGGGUAUAUGCGAUUACUCGCACAUCACACAUGUCUACGUAUUCACUUCGAUGGAAUUCCAGCCGUACUCUACGCGCUUGAACCCGCCGCACGCGCUACUUGCCGUACCUGCAUUACCACAUGUUCUUAUUUCUCAAAGGGAAUUGAACCAUGUAGAGCUUGUGUAUUUUGUGGUGCUGCGCUCGCACGAUAUACACGUAGUAACAUUCGAAUGGAAGGAAACCCGCGGGAUCCACGGGGUUUGCCACUUUCCGCAAUGGGUUCGUGUAUAAAAGAGUAUAAGAGUUAUCAUGCAGCCCGUGCCAUCUGGGAGAGCUGGCGCCGCAGGGAUCGAAAUCGAAAUAUUACGCUUUAG